AUGAAGCCCUCUGAGAGAGUAUUCCCAGUGAUGGCAUCCAGGAGUGGACCGAAGCUUGUGGUAGGGAUUGAUUUCGGAACAACAUUCAGCGGCAUUGCGUGGGCGUUAGAAGCCUGCCCAGAGGAGAUCGAAGUCAUUCAGAAGUGGCCGGACGGACGGAAUAGAUCGUUACAAAAAGUCCCUAGCUGCCUCACGUACGGCACCUCUGCUGUGAACUGGGGCUACCAGGUGAAUGACGAGGUGCAUCCAAAUGCAAUCAGGGGCUUGAAACUGCUGCUCGACGAUAGCAAGCCUGUGACAUAUAGGCCAUCUAUCGAGGCCAAAAGUCAUUUGAAGUCCCUUGGAAAAUCUACCGUGGAUGCAAUUGCAGACUAUCUCCGAGCUUUGGUGGGACAUGCGAAGGAGAUUCUUAGACGACGUUUCGAUAGCGCACUGGACAUCAUGGAGAUCCAGUAUAUAUUAACUGUCCCUGCGGUGUGGUCGGACAAGGCAAAGGAUUUGACAAUGCAAGCUGGUUGCCGAGCCGGCAUUCCUCGUGCUCAGCUGUCCUUGUUAUCGGAACCAGAGUCGGCGGCGAUAUAUGCGAUCCGCGCAAUUCAGCCAAAUACGAUGGCGAAGCAUGGGGAUUGCAUUAUUGUGUGUGAUGCUGGCGGUGGCACAGUGGAUCUCAUUACAUACGAAAUCACUCAAACAGAGCCCUUAAGGUUACAAGAAGUCACGGAGGGAACAGGGGGUAUUUGUGGGUCAGUCCUCUUAGAUCACUGCUUCGAGGAACUACUUGCUCAGACCGUGGGUGAGAAAAUGCAUAUGUCAAUCCCAAGGGCUGCGAGGCUAGUUGCUCUGAACUACUGGCAAGACAAUAUCAAAGCGAACUAUACAGGCCCGGAAUUAGAAGAAUACCUUGAUGUGGGCUAUGCUGUUCCAUUGCCGGGAGCGCCUGACGUACCCGGAAUCAUUGAGGGAGGAUUUUGGAAUCUCGAAAGAAAGGUUAACGAUACCGGCCUCAACGCAAAGGCCAUCAUUCUUGUCGGAGGGCUUGGAUCGUCAGAUUACAUUCACAAGCGUCUGGAAACCAAAUUUAGCGAUCUUAGGGGUGAUGCAGCCAAUGAAUGCAUGGUCCGCUGUUGUUCGGGGGCUACAAUAAACGAAAACGAGCCAGUGCGGCUCAGUUUCUAUCGAAACGUUGAUAUCAACGGUUCUUUCAAAUUCUGCGAUGAACUCAGCUUUUGUGUGACCGAGACUGCCCCGAGUCAGCUCAAUAAAGCCGUUUCUCCGCUUUGUGAGCUCAACGCCGACCUCGACAAGAUACCCAAAGAGCUAUUUGAGAAGCAUAAAAACUCAACCGGGCUGGAAUUUUACCGUGUUCACUUUGAUCUGGUUCUCACGCCAACAUCUGCAUCACUUUUAUUCCACCUUGAAUUCAACGACGUUGAGUAUGGGAAGGUUCGAGCUCGCUAUUAUUAG